GUUGGUAACCAUUUUAGCUCGUAGUUGUGUUGUUUGAAUGUACAUAAUAAGAUGGCAAUGCCUGUUGUUUUGGCUGUAUUUUUGUGCUUUGCUGCAGUUUCUGAUGCCGCCGUCAGUCAGAAUGAGGCGUCUGCAGGUACGAAGCAGCCUUACAGGACGGCGUUCCACUUUCAGCCUCAAAAGAAUUGGAUGAAUGAUCCUAAUGGACCAUUAUACUACAAGGGUGUUUAUCAUCUGUUCUAUCAGUAUAAUCCUUACUCUGCGAUAUGGGGGAACAUGACAUGGGGUCAUUCAAUAUCUCAUGAUCUAGUCAACUGGAUUCAUCUUGAACAUGCCCUUAAUCCAACCGAGCCUUAUGAAUUAGGCGGCUGCUACUCUGGAUCAAUCACCAUACUCCCAGGAGGAAGACCUGUCAUUUUCUAUACUGGUGCAGACACUCAGAAUUUCCAGUCACAGAAUUUGGCAUUCCCUAAGGACACAUCUGAUCCCCAUCUGACCGAAUGGGUGAAGUCGCCUCAUAAUCCUGUGAUAGCCGCCACAGGUGGUGACAUUGAUCCAAGCAAUUUCAGAGACCCUACAACUGCUUGGCAGGCUCCUGAUGGUACAUGGCAAGUACUUAUAGGCGGAAAGAUAGAUGGCCGAGGGAUGGCGUUUUUGUACCAGAGUAAUGAUUUUGUUAAUUGGACUAGAAGUGAGAAGCCUCUUCACUCAUCAGCAAAAACCGGGAUGUGGGAGUGUCCUGAUUUCUAUCCUGUGACCAUCAAUAGUAAAGAUGGAGCAGAAAACUAUCUUAUGAAAGAAAAUACCAAAUUUGUUCUUAAGGCAAGUUUUCUUGAUCAUGAUCAUUAUGUACUAGGAUUUUAUAAGGCCGAAACAAAUGAAUUCGAGGUAGACACAACUGACUUCAUGGAAGGUAAUACUGAUUGGAGAUAUGAUUAUGGAAGUAAAUAUUAUGCUUCCAAGACAUUUUUCGAUGGUGAGACAAAACGACGAAUAUUGUGGGGGUGGAUAUUGGAGGCUGAUGGCAGAGCAAAUGAUAAGAAAAAAGGGUGGUCAGGGCUUCAGUCUUUACCCCGAGUAGUAUGGCUUAGUACUAGUGGAAAGCAACUGAUGCAGUGGCCUAUACAAGAGAUUGAAAGUCUUCGUAAGGAUAAAGUAGAAAUCCAAGGCAAAGAACUCGAGAGUGGAUCAUUGGUUGAGGUUGUUGGCAUCACACCAGCACAGGCUGAUGUAGAAGUAUCAUUCGAGCCGCCAGACUUGGAAGAUAUCGAACAGAUGGAACCUAGUUGGACUGAUCCUCAGCUGCUCUGUGCUCAGAAAAAUGCAGCAGAAGACGGCAAAUUAGGACCAUUUGGCUUGCGAGUUUUGGCAUCCAAAAACUUGACAGAAGAAACUGUAAUAUUUUUCAGGGUGUUCAAGAGUCAUAGUAGACCUAUAGUCCUAAUGUGUAACGAUUUGAGCAGAUCCUCCUUGAGUAAAGAUAUUGAUAAAACUAGCUUUGGAGCUUUCGUUGACAUUGAUCCCCUUCAGGAGAAUAUCUCAUUAAGAACUUUGAUUGAUCAUUCAAUUGUGGAAAGUUUUGGAGGGGAAGGAAAGGCGUGCAUCACAGCAAGGGUCUACCCGACUAUAGCCAUUGAGAAGGAAGCAAGAUUGUUCGUGUUCAACAAAGGAAGCCUUAGCAUAAAAAUCUCAAAGCUGAAUGCUUGGAGCAUGAAAGAGGCCAAGAGAGUAUCAUUCAUGAAAAGACGAAAGCCUGGCGGCCCUGUCUAACAUUAACGUUCUACAAUGUAGCUUAGGAAACACAAGUAUUCUAGGAGAUCCUGGGAUCGAUUCUCAUCCCCACCCUUGUGGCUCUCUAAACAUAAAAAAAAAAACAAGUAUUCUAGCUUGCAAAUGAUCAUACAACUUGGUUUUGUGAAGUUCUUAUAUGUUGUGAAACUCUUUCUUAGUUUACUACUAGUAAUUUUUUUCCGUUCUCAUAUUGAUACCGAAAUUGGGGUGCAUGAAACUCUAUAUUGUAGGCUUCAACUUACAUGUUUAAGGUCUAAUUCUAUUCGAUAACAAGUUGUAUAAAAAAAAAUGUUGAUCAAAUUUUGAAAUAAUUUAUUGGCUUAUUGUCGUAUGCAAAAAAAGGUACACUAAGAUAAAUGGUCAUAUUUCUUCAAAAAAAGAUAAAUG